AUGAGCUCGAGGGCGCUCCCGUGGUCGCGGGUCACGCAGUCGCCUCUCAAGCGGCAUCCGACCGUUUUGAAUGGCAGUGAUGAUGCUUAUUCGGCGACCGCUCGUCGGUGCUACUCUUCGUCAUGCGAUCGCAGAGUCAUCCAUAGCGCCGCCUUCUCCUCCACCAGCCGAAGUUAUGAUCGCCUGGGCCGUCGGGCGAAGGAGAAGUUGCUCGAUCGGGAAUUCUUCAUGAGCUUGCUGAACUCGGCAUCCACAAAACGUGAAGCGAAAUCAUACCUCGCCCGCCUCAAGGCGGAGCACCAGGCGAAGUCCCAAAAGAAGCCGCCGAGAAAACCGAUAGAACAAAACGUCACCGAGUCACUACCUUCCGGAGUCAACCUGGGGAAUUUCUAUGGCGCGUCGAGAACAGUGUAUCAAAGCCCUGUUUUCAGACAGGAUUCAACCCCGACACCAAACCGGCAGGAGAUGCCAGAGCGACUGCACCUGGCGUUGGUUAAGAUAAAGACACCGCAGCUCCUAGAUGACUUCACUUUGAAUGGAGUGGCCAAGACGCUUUCGCAGAUCAAUCGGCUGGGUAUGGCCUGUUGUGUGGUGGUCGAUCCCGGGUCGGAUGGUGAUGUCCAUACACUGCGAAAAAUCGCUACGGAACAGGUGGGCCGCAUUGCGACAGCAGUCGAUGCUCAGCCGGAUUCGAAGUCCUCUCAUCUAGAUUCAGUCUUAUCCUUCUCAGCGAAAACACCAGAUACACCAACUAUUUCGUCUCGAAAGCAACUGCUCGGUCCGUUGCGCGAUGGUCAUAUCUUAAUCGUCGCACCCAUCGCUUACACGGAGGAUAUUCCAAAGGCUGUGAUAAUCCCUGCCAAUGAUGCCGUUCUUGCCUUGACGAAGGAACUUGCAGGCCUGGCUUUGGCCCCGGAUCCUGACGAGGACCCGUUAAUUACGGCCGACAAAAUCUGCACCUUACAAAAGGAAGUCUCUUUAGAUCGAGUUAUUCUGUUAGAUCCGCUGGGCGGCGUUCCAGCUUUCAGAGGACCCCAAACAUCUCACGCUUUCAUCAAUAUGGAUCAGGAGUUCGACAAUAUCAAGAACGAGUUGCUCCAGGUCCGCGAGCCGACUACUGGAAACCAGGGCGCGAAUAUGGUUGCUGAUUCUAUUACGGAAAGCAACCCAUUUUCGAAAUUUGCCAGCUCUGAGAUAGGCUCUGCGCCCUCGAAGCAAGCGCUGUUGCCUGCUGGCGUCGGUGAACUCACGAUCGAUGGUCACUUGGAUAAUUUGAGGCUUUCACAACAAACACUGGCCAUGCUUCCCUCUGCCUCAUCUGGUAUAAUCACUUCUCCGGGUGAGGUUGCAAAUUCCGCACGUUCCCCUGAAGUAAUCCAUUCCGAGCUGUCAGUCGGUACACGACGACAGAGAAACCCUCUUAUCCACAACCUUCUUACGGACAAGCCUCUUCUUUCAUCCUCUUUACCUUUGAGCCGGCGAGCGCGUGGCUCGCUUAACCUCCCAGCGCCUCCUACGACAUUUGUCAAGCGAGGCAUGCCCGUCAGCCUUAUCCCAAACCCACACGUGCAGAUGUGGACGGCCCAAACACGCCCAAACAUGACCUUGGAAGAUCCUACAAUUGAUCUUCCCCGGCUGGUACAUUUGAUUGAGGACUCUUUCAACCGAAAACUCGACGUGAAGGACUACCUUAAUAGAGUAAAUGGCCGACUAGCCGGUUUAAUCAUCGCCGGCGAAUAUGAAGGUGGUGCGAUCCUGACCUGGGAACUACCUCCCGGCGUGGAAGAUGACGGGAGUGAGGCUAGUACGGCCAGGAUGGUGCCAUAUCUCGACAAGUUUGCCGUUCUCAAACGCAGUCAGGGCGCCGGUGGCGUUGCAGACGUUGUGUUCAAUGCCAUGGUGCGGACAUGUUUUCCCAACGGAGUAUGUUGGCGUAGCCGCAAGGACAACCCGGUGAACAAGUGGUACUUUGAGCGGUCAUUGGGAACAUGGAAGCUCGCCGAUACCAAUUGGACUAUGUUCUGGACGACCCCUGAUCUUCCUGACAAGCCGCAGAUGUUUCGGGACUACGAGGCAGUUUGUCGAAGUAUUCAGCCCAGCUGGGCAGAUGACACAGGAGUCAUCGAUUAA